AUGAUCUUUCUCUCAGUAUUUCAACAUCUAACCUUCUUCUUGGUCGUGUGGCAAGCCCAGGCCCAGAUCACAUCCCGCGGGUUCAAAUUCACUGGCCGCGUAAGAGGCCGUGGCGGUUGCAGCGCAGAGGAUGUCGCCGUUAUCCUGAAAGAAUUAGAGAUUGCCAAGGAGGCCGCCGAAGCCGCCGCCCGCCACCUGACCAACUAUCCUUAUUACGACGCGUUUCAAUCCCCCAACCAUCCAUACUUCCAGGGCAAGAACUUGACGCAAGCGGCCAGGACGAUGUACCGUCGCAUCGCCCGUAUUGCGGACGGGUUUCACGUGGACGACAAGUUCCGCAUCGAAUGCCGCAGCGAGGUCUGCGUCAUGUCAGACGACGACACCAUCGCCGCUACGGUGGAGAGCGCCAUGCGCGUCGUCUUGCCCCCGAGCCUGUGGUUGAAGAGACCCGACGAUGCCGUCAUAGCCUUUUGCGAGCCGUUCUUCAAGACAAAGGGCCUGGGCAGCGGGGCAGAUAUUGUCUCCACCGAGCUGCGCUUGCAACAAUUCAGAGAGGAGCUUGACAAGGCCAAGAAGAAUCCGGACGUGAGACCUGAUUCGGUGAAUAUGCGCAAUGUCGGUAAUAUGAGGAGCCAGAUUGUGUUGCACGAACUGGCGCACACUGCCUAUGCAUCCAAGCCGAUAGCGGAGGCACUAAACCCUACAGCCUGGGUGAAAGACUUGUAA